AUGACGGGAGACUCGUGGGCAAGCUCGGUAUCGCGGACGCUGUUCGACGAGGUUGGGCCGGACGACGCGGAGGCAGGGAACCUGAACCGGCGGGUGGCGCUCUUCUCGAUCUCGUACGUGAUCAUAGCGACGAUCAUCCUGGUGAACAUCGUGGUGGCGGUGCUGCUGGACGAGUUUAUCUCGUCGGUGACGCGAGAGAAAGAGGAGCAAGCGAGGCUGCUGCAGGAGCAGCGGGAGCUGGAGGCGAAGGCGUCGA